AGCAGCAGAGACCUAGGUACCAACUAACAACUACGUACCUAACAACUACAAGCCCCACCUUCCAGCUUACAAUCACAACUUCACCUUCGACUUCCAUCCUCAUCUUAAUUUCCUACUCGACGUGAUACCCUCCCCAUUUUCACAUUUUCACAUUUCCACAUUUCCACAGACCAAACAACCUUAAUCUUAUGAACUAAACAGAAAAAACCCCCGAAGAAAUAACCAAACCGACCAUGGCAAGCCCAAAAGUCACCGAGGCACUAGCCCAGGUGCAGUCGUCUCCAGACCCAGCAACAGCCUUCGAAAGCCUCCUCACCAACUUCCAAUCCAUAUCGACACCGCAGACCGCAUCAAACGACUUCAAGGCCACCAUAGAAGCCAUCACCAGCAGCCAGAUCUCCUCGCAACUCGGCGUCGUAGCCCAGCGCUCCCUCCUCAACUCAUUCAUCGCCGCCGCGCGAAAAUUCAACAACGCAGACCUAUGGGUCGACAUCGCCAACCACGCUCUCGAGACCCUGUCCGCCGCUAGCGGCCAGGCUUCCGCAUCGGUCUCUACUGCGACAUCGGCAACUACGUCGGGUACCUUCGCCGACCAAGUCGCGGCCCUACUCGAGCUCGCCGCCGACGGCUACGAGACCAACGAAGAUAACGUAGCAGCCGCCCGCGCGCUCUCCGAGAUCCCCCUCGACAGUUCCCAGCGCCGGGUGUCGCCCGAAGACCGCGUUCGCGUAUGGGUCCGCAUCGUGCGCAACUACCUCGAAGUCGACGACACCACCGCCGCCGAGACCUACCUCAACAAGCUCAAGAACGUCAUCUACCAGGUCACCGAUCCGACUCUCAACCUACAUUUCCGCCUUUCUCAGGCCCGCAUCCAGGAUGCCAAGCGCGAGUUCCUAUCCGCCAGCCAGGCCUACCACGAGAUAAGCCUAUCACCCGCCAUUUCCGAGGACGAGCGUCUGCACACUCUUAGCAUGGCUGUGAAAUGCGCCAUCCUAGCCCCCGCAGGUCCCUUGCGCAGCCGCGCUCUCGGACGGCUAUUCAAGGACGAGCGCUCGCCGAAUCUACCUGAAUUUGGCAUGCUGGAGAAGAUGUUCUUCGACCGACUCCUAGCAGCGAGCGAGGUGCAGAAGUUCGCCGAAGGCCUUGCGCCUCACCAGUUAGCAACCACGGCAGACGGGUCGACAGUGCUGGCCCGUGCCGUUGUAGAACACAACCUGCUAGGUGUCUCGCGACUAUACAGCAAUAUCGGCUUCGACGCGCUAGGCGAGCUGCUAGGACUAGGUGCCGACCGUGCCGAGGACACAACCGCCAAGAUGAUCGAGCAGGGCCGCCUCGUGGGCCGAAUCGACCAGAUAGAAAGAAUAAUCUGGUUUGAGCGUGGCGAAGCUUCAGGCGAGAAGGGUAGCGGCCGCGCUGAAGUAACCGUGGGAAAGGAGAUGCGCCGAUGGGAUGCCAACGUUCAGAGCCUAGCCGAAGAGGUCGAAAACGUGACGAACGCGCUGCAACGCGAGUUCCCCGAAUUCGUCGCGGCGAAUCUAGUAGUAUAAUAGAAGUAUAAAGGGUAGACCAAAUCGCAAGCAGAGGGGAAAAGAAAAGGGAAACGAAGCAUUGUAGGGAAUUCUUAGGUUUACGAGUAUGGCGUUGCCGGAUAAUGACUAAAUGCAUAGAUACGGCGUCAAGGACAGACACGUUGUAAAUGGUACAGGGGGGUUCUAACAAGAAUAAUCCCUCCCCACGAAAUAGAGUGUUAAGACGGAUGAAUUAAACGAAGAUAAAGCUCCUUAAU